GCAAACUUGAGCGGUGAUGCGCCUUCCGUUAUCUUGGACAGGUCCAUCAUCAAGCUCGAGCCCGACGGCGGCCAAGAGCCCGAAGGACGCUGACCUGCAAGAUGACGACACAGGAGGACACAACCUUGACACACUUUCUGCUGCGAGCCUGAUUCUUCGCAAGCGAGGCGAACAGUUGAGAGGUGAGUCCAUCGGAGCCAAGCGCGGACGAUCGGACCCACCAGGCUCCGAGACCACGGUCGCGGAGCAGGAUGCCGAAGGUGAAGAUGAUGAGUUGUUGUUUGAGGGGCGCGUCAGGGCCAGCUGGCUGCUGAUUUGGUGCCACGAGCGCUGCUAUAAGCCCGAGCGCAGCGCACUUCGAGCCCACCUCACUGAAGUGGCCAUGAGUCUGAGCGCCGGGAUCUUGUGCGUGAAGAAGGCAGUGAAGUACGAAGCAUGGAUGAAGCGGACGAACAACAAGUUUCACGUGCUCAUUACAGACUGGAGAGAGGCGAAGCCUUGCGUCCAUGCAGUGGAAGAGAGCCAGCAGGAGGACUCAUGGCCAGAGAUGAUCAUCAUCCUUUGCGACCUGCCAAAGUCCCACGAGAACGCAGUUCAGUGGGCGGCAAAGCAGACCUGCAAGGCGCCGAUCCGCGUGGUGCUGGAAGGCCAAGAACAGGAGCAUUUCAAGGUUCUGGAUCAGCUCUUACGGGAGUUCUAUGAGAAGAUGCUGAAGAAGAGGCCGAUGUUGGUUCCGCUGACCCCAGGACUGCUGGCCCCGGGUACUAAGACGGUGACUCAUCCGUCGGGCACGCCGACGUCGGGCCGCUCCAAGGUGAAUGCAGCGGACGUGGACUGCGAAGAGCUGCGGCGGGCCAUCGACAGCGGCUUUGUGGUGAGCCUUUGAGCCGGGCAAACGAGAGAUUUGUGAGAAAAACGGAGCUGAU